UGAAGAUUGAAGACGUGAUAGAAGAUGGACGACUACUGCUAUGCUAAGAUGGCGACGUCCGCUAAAAGAGAACAUGAAAGAGAAUCAACUUGCGGCAAAAAGACAGAAACUGCAGGUGAAGACGUCCAGCAGCUGAUUGAAUAUCCAGAAGAACCUCCCCCUCAGUCGCCGGGGAGGAGGUCCACUGUGAAGCAGGAGACUUCACAGCCACCCCACAUUAAAAAGGAAGAGGAGGAACUCUGGAUCACUCAGGAGCGAGAGUAUCUUCUUGGACCGCAAGAAGCCGAUCUCACCAAGUUGCCACUGACUGUUGUCUCUGUGAAGACUGAAGAUGAUGAAGAGAAACCACAGCUGGACACGUUCUUAACUCCACUAUCAGAUAGCGAGGCUGAAGACGGGGUUGAAGUAACUUUGAGCAGCGAUACAGACUGUGAAGGUGAUAUGAGGACUCACACUGACAACAAACACUCUGAAUGCUCUACAAAUAAGAAAGGGAAACUGACUUUGAGCUGCUCAAUUUGUGCUAAAAUAUUUAAUAAAAAGAGCAAUUUGACUGAGCACAUGAGAACACACACAGGGGAAAAACCAUUUAACUGCUCAGUUUGUGGUAAAAGCUUUACUAAAAAGAGCAGUUUGGCCCCACACAUGAGAACACACACAGGAGAAAAAACAUGUAUUUGUACAGUUUGUGGUAAAAGCUUUUCUCUAAAGUGCAAUUUGACUCAACACAUGAAAACACACAGUGGAGAAAAAACAUUUAGUUGUUCAGUUUGUGGUCAUAGUUUUUUUCAAAACAGGCAAUUGACUGAACACAUGAGAACGCACACAGGAGAAAAACCGUUCAAUUGUUCAGUUUGUGGUCAAAGUUUUUCUCAAAAGGGCAGUUUGAUUGUACACAUGAGAACACACACGGGAGAAAAACCAUUCAUUUGUUCCGUCUGCGGUAGAAGCUUUUCUCAAAAGACCAACUUGUCUGAUCACAUGAGGACACACACAGGCGAAAAACUAUUUAAUUGUUCAGUUUGCGGGAGAAGCUUUACUCGAAAGCAACAUUUGACCGAACACACGAGAACACACUGUGGAGAAAAACGCUUUAGAUGCUCAGUUUGCAGCGAAAGCUUUUUGGGCAGACCAAAGUUGACUCAACACAUAAUGAAACACAGAGGAGGAAAAACAAAAAAAAGAAGUCCGCUAAAAAGUGAUGAUCUGCUGUGUGUAUGAUACCAGACUCCCCCGUGAAUUAGAACAGCAGUUCCACAAAUUUGGAUGAGAACAACAUGGCUGGUGUUUUCCUUACCUUCCUUUUGGACUACAGAAGUAAACAUGGAAUUGUGUUUGUGUUGUGACUAUGUUUUAUCAUAGUUUUGUACAUGCACACAGUGUAAAUUAUAUUUUCAGAAAAUCAGUUCGUUCGUAGAAUAAAAGCUAUUGGAGUCUA